AUGCGCAAGCGGAGCUGGAGCUACUCCAUUCACGUGCCCGGUGGGGAUCGGACUGGGCUGUGCCGGCGGGCAGAUGUUGAAACAGAGAUAGUUGGAGAGCUGUGCCAGCAGGACGGGCUCUACGUUCAUGAAAACUGCCUGUACCACGCCAGCGGUCUCAUGCAGAGAGGAGCCGAUGAAGAGGGUUUCUAUGGCUUCCUCUUCCCUGACAUCCGGCAGGAGCUGGAGCGGGUGGCACAGAAGAGGUGCUGCAUCUGCCGGCUGCCAGGCGCAUCGGUCACCUGCGGGCGCCGGCGCUGCCGCCGAACCUUCCACUUCCCCUGCGGGAUGGAGCGGGGCUGCAUCUCCCAGUUCUUUGGGGAGUUCAAGUCCUUCUGCUGGAAGCAUCGGCCAGUACAGCGGGUGCGGGCGCUGCAGCAGGGCCAGAACUGCCCCAUCUGCCUGGAGGCGGUGGCAGAGCGGCCCUGCUAUGACACCCUGAUGUGUCCUGUUUGCACCAGCGCCUGCUUCCACCGCCGAUGCAUCCAGGGCCAGGCGCUGGCUGCUGCCCUCCAUCACUUCAGAUGCCCACUGUGCCAGGACAUGGGCACAUUUCAGAAGGAGAUGUUUCGACUGGGCAUCAAAAUCCCCGACAGGGACGCUGCCUGGGAGUUGGACGGCUACUUUGAAGACCUGUAG